AUGUAUAAAUUAUUUUCCAAAAGAAAUUCUAGAAUAAUGAUGCAGUCAAUGAGGAAUACGAAUCGCUCAAUCAUUAUGGAUACCUUAAAUACAUCAAAUAGCUUUCUUGUUGACACUGCUUUGAAUGAGGAGUUAGUAGAGAAAAAUAUAUCAAAGCAAUAUUUGCCUUGCGAAUUGAGCUUACUAUCCCGACAAUAAGCAAGUUCUCUCAUAUUCACUGGGGGUUUUAGCGUAAAAAUAUCAAAUAGUAAAUUUAUGUGAGUAGCUUAUUAUUGGUGAUAAGUCCCAAAAUUGCAUUUUUUGAUAUUUUAUCUGAAAAUUUCAAAAAGAAAAUUUCGAUUUAUUCAUAUAAAAUUUGCUUUAUGAUAAAAAUCCCAGCGAAUAAACAGAAUUUGCUUAGUUUGGGGGGAAUUAAAGGAAAAUUCGAUUUGCACAAUCUGUUUUGAUUACUUUAAUGAUAACAAACCUAUUCGAAAAACUGCUUGCGGCCAUAUGUUUCAUGCAGUAUGUUUUGAUUCAUGGAUCAACUAUUCAAAAGAGUUAAGAUGUCCUAAUUGUAAUAAAAAAUUCAAAUUUUAUGCUAUAGGGCAUAAGAUCCCACGAGUGCGUGAAAUUCAGCAUAACUCAGCAAUUUAA